UUGUGCACGUCUUUCCAUACUGACGAUUUUCACUAAUUUUUUUUUAAACGUCUUGACAAUUUAUGUUUCGUUUGUCUGCUUGACAACUCAUGUACUUGUCAUCUUGACAGUCCGUGUUCGUAUCUUGAUAAUUCGUUCAAGCGUUGCUAGCUUGAGGGAAGGAAGCUGUAAGAUUCGAACAAGAUGAAUGGUUCAGAGAACCGACACGUUGAUAAAUUAGACACAUGUGCAACUCUUGGGUAUCUUUAUUGAGGAAACGUUUCGCCACACAGUGGCUUCAUCAGUCCAUACAAAGGAGAAACGUGAAGAACAGGAGGAGAAUGAGGCUCUGCGUGGGCGUAAUGAGAGCUGUGUGGGCGUGUGUCUUAGAGGUGGGCGUGGUCACUUGGAUCGUCUACGGUUCCGAUCUCCCUCUAGACAUUUCACUAUCGAAGUGUGUUUGCCAGGACGGUUACAGGACAAGAAAUGAGAGUCUGGUCGUCUCCUUAAACCAAGGUGAUUUCGUCGACGGCAGCAGCAACAUCCAUGGACCCCAGAAUGGGAGCAGGGAAGUACGAGACAUUCUUAGUUUACGCGACAGCAGUCAAGAACGGGUCGCCUUCCAGCAGCGGCAGAAUUCGAAGCUGGAGGGGAGAUUAAGUCAACUCAAGUUUAUCAACAGUAACAUGGCGAAUGGAGUGCGGUGGGCGCGUGACACCAGGGACCUAAGUGCAAGGCCAGUGGACUGUGCAGACUUGAUGGUGAUGGGAGCUGAACGCAGCGGAGUGUACGAUAUCUACCCUUUUACAUGCAACUGUAGAAACAAGGUGCAGGUGUGGUGCGACAUGGAGACGGACGGCGGAGGAUGGACAGUAUUCCUAAGCAGACAAGCAGAGAACCCACGGGAAGACUUCAAUCGGUCGUGGGCUCAAUACAAGAAAGGGUUUGGCGACCGUUCCGAAGAGUAUUGGCUCGGGUUGGAAGCCUUGCACGCUAUAACCUCCAGCCGGAAAUACAACUUAAGGCUCGAUCUUCUUCUCAGCAAUAACAUUCCUGUUUACAACAUCUGGCAGAACUUCAGAAUCGGAUCAGAGGACACCGGCAACUGCCUCACAUACGCCAAUGGACGCUCCUUCUCCACCUACGACGUGGAUGAGGACGUUUACUCAGGAAAUUGUGCUGCCCUCCGUGGUGGCGGGUGGUGGUACUACGAUUGUCAACAGUUCAAUCCAACCAACAGCGGUGGUGAUAAUGCAGGAGAAACAGGUUUCAAUAUAUCCUGCCUCAACCGUGACAUCCUCUCGCUGGACGGUCUUCAGCUCAAGGUGCGCCCCACCGUUUGCAGCGACAAGGUCAAGUCCGUCUACCUUAACACAUACCAGGCAGGAAACUGUGGCCAGUUCUCAGUGGGACCCUAAAUCAUAACUAGUAAGAACCUGCUGCACCGGCCACUAGCAGAUGGUAAGAGAUACCCGCCUGUUACAUGGCAGACACCAUGACAUCUGCAGCACUUGUAUAUUCAACAGCUAUAAACAUCUGCUUCAUUUGUCUCCAACUCCUUACAAGAGAAUAGGGUAUCUGCUACAUCUGCCCCUUCUAGACAGUUGGAUAUCUUGAAAAUGGUAUAAAAUACCAACAAAUUGAUGAGUAAGACACGAACAACAGUUAGAUAUCUUUACUAUCCAUUCUGUGUUUUACUGAAGAAGUCUACCGCGUAGGGCCGAGGCGAAUCGUUUCAACACUCAAGAUACCCAACUGUUGUGCAUGUCGCUGUAUAGCCCAUGUGGCUUAGCGCUUCUUUUUGAUAAUAAUAAUAAUAAUGUGCAUGUCUUACUCAUCAUUUAGACAUCUGCUACACCUGUCUCCCGCAUGUAUACAUGUCUCCUUUGCUACGGCUAGAGUCAUCUGUUUCACCGGUCCCUUGCUCGGAGCUAGUAAUAAUAAUAAUAAUUAUAUAGCAAUUGUAGAUGAUAUUAACUAUUUCAAUACCUUAAAAAUAUAUUCACAAUAAAAUAAUUUUAAACCCGUCACAGUACUUAAAUUUUGCCUUAACAGUGAAUUUAUUGGGCAGUGACACUUCUAAGUUUUAUUCCUACUGUGAUUAAACAUACACCAAUAAAGAUAAGUAUUC